AUGAAUUUGCAUAGAGUGCCUCAUUCCUAUAUUCCUUUGGGAGACCCGAACAAAAACUAUAAUCCAGAGUUUGAUAUCGUUGCAUUGAAAUUUAAGCUGGAGAGCUUUGCUGAGAACGUCGACAGCAAAUUUCAAGCUCUUACAAAAGAAGUGGCUGACAUUAAAGAAAACAAAGUUUAUUCGAUUAUAAUUCUCGAGAACACUGUCCAUGAAUUAAAGAAAGAGAAAUAUGACCUAAUCAAAGCUAACAACGACUUAAGAGAGAAGAACGAAGUAUUACAUCAAAAAAUUUCGGAUUUUAAUUCGACAGUACAAAGAUUGGAAGAUGAGAAGCAGAGUCUAAUCACAACCCUAAAGCUAGUUCAAAAGGAAACUCAAACUGUUCAGCCGGAUUUAAAUGACAGAAUGCAAAACCUUGAAAAUGAAAAUAAGAGCUUAUCAACGGCAUUAACACUCUUGCAACACGAAUUAGAUAAUACUCAACAACAUAAAUGGAAAGUUGUAAAGACGAAGCAUAAUAAACCACCCCCAGAGACCCCAGCAGGAUCAAAUACUAUUGAAACAAAAAAUCAAUAUACAACCCUUAGGGUCACUGAUUCUGAACAUGACGAUAUUCCAGCAAGACUGAAUACCCAACAGAUUCUAGAUGAAACUUCGAAUACAACCAAACACAGCAACAUACAGAUGGUUGGAAAAAGCAGUGGUCCAUCAAAUUCUAAUGAGUCAAGUCGUGACUCACAACGCAGUCAACCUAGAAUAGCUAUCCUCGGAGAUUCGAUGAUUAAACAUUUGGACACCAAACGAAUGCAGAAUGGAUUGAAGAAAGGAAAAGUAACGAUUAAGACAUUUCCUGGUGCAGGUAUUGACCAAAUGAAGCAUUAUGCAGUACCAACUCUAAUUACCAAGCCAAAGACACUUAUAUUUCAUGUUGGAACCAACGACUUACAUAACAAAACACCAGAAGAUCUAAUAAAUGCAAUGAAUGAUCUUGGUGAAACGAUCCAUAGACAGAACAACGAUCUGGAACUUAUAUGGUCGGAAAUAAUAACUCGAACUGAUGAUCCAAACUUAGCAGAAAAGGUAAAUGUAGUCAAUGCCGAGCUCGCUAAAUUAUGUACAGAUAAGGGCUUAUUAAACACAACAACAUUAAAGGAAGUCUUUUAAAUAACUCUGGUCUACAUUUAAAUAAACAUGGAACUACUACAUUAGCUAAAAACAUAAGACAAUUUCUUAGCAGCCAUUGACUAGAUCCUGAGUUUUCAAACACUACGGAUCCUGAUUCAACAUUUUUGCAUAUCGUAGAUCAAAUAAACACACAGUCUAGUUCACGACAAACAAUGCAAAUAAACAGCACGCCUUAUCCAAAACUGAAGGCUUUAAAAUUGGCCAUCUAAACGUUGCAAGUCUAUAUAAGCAUGUUGAUGAACUAAGAAUUUUUAUGAACGAUAAAAUGUUUGACAUAUUAAGUAUCAAUGAAACUAGACUUGACGGCACUAUUGACAACAACGAAGUUAAUAUCACAGGUUAUGAUCUUGUUCGGAAAGACCGAAAUCGAAAUGGUGGGGGUGUCGCAAUUUAUAUACGAAAUGUUAUUCCCUACACUAUUUGCAAUCACUUACUUUCAAGUACAGUAGAAGCUAUUUGUAUUGAAAUUAACAAGCCUAACAGCAAACCUCUACUGAUCUCAACAUGGUAUCGUCCUCCCGAUGCCAAGAUAGAAUUACUUGUCCAUUUUGAAAAAUUUUUACAGAACAUUGAUGAAGAGGACAAAGAUUUUGUUAUAACUGGUGAUUUUAAUUGCAAUUUUCUGUCAACUGAAAAUAAUAACCAACAUACAAACAAAUUGAUUGAGUUAAUAAAUGAAUACCAACUACAACAGCUAAUCACUAGCCCGACAAGAAUUACUCCUAGAACUAAAACUCUAUUAGACAUCAUUAUCACAAAAAUAGGCGACACAAAAAUCAUUGAAUCAGGGGUCAUUCACCUCGGAAUUAGUGAUCACAGCCUGGUUUAUGCAUGCAGAAAGGUUAGCAUUCCAAAAGCAAAACCAAAAGUAGUAGAAACAAGACAAUUCAAGCACUUUAACAUUAACAAUUUCCAGCAAGACCUUAACCAAGCACUUAACUCAACUUUAUUUUACAAUUGCACUGAUGCAAAUACUGCCUGGUGCACAUGGAAGGAAAUAUUUUUGGAAAUUAAGAAUAUGAGCUAUCAUAGAGAUUUUCUAAAGAGAAAAGCAAUUAAACAUAAUUCGACAAGAUAUCAUGAACUAUACAAGAAUUGCAGAAAUCGUGUUAACAAUCUUAUUAAAGAUACUAAAGCUAUAUACUUUAAGAACAAGCUAGAAAGUACUACGAACAGUAAGGAAGGAUGGAGAACAAUCAAUUUACUAUUGAACAAAAAAUCUAAGUCCACAUUAAUUAACGAAUUAAAAGUUGGGGAUAGUAUAGUUACUGGUGACAAAAAUAUUGCAACAGCAUUCAACAAUUAUUUUUCUACAAUUGGUGAAAAAUUGAGUGAGAAUUUAUCUUGCAACAAUACCGACCCUCUUAACUACGUGACACCAGUGACUGAGGUAUUCGAGUUAAAUAAUAUAACAAUGGAUGAAUUAAGAUGCGAGAUAUUUAAAGCAAAAGCCGGGAAAUCAACAGGUUUGGAUAAAAUUUCAAACAAACUAUUAAAAGCAGCCGGGGAGACCAUUAUCGGCUCCUUAAGUCAAAUUUUUAAUCUAUCUAUCGAUACUGGAAUUUUUCCAGACGAUUUGAAACACACUAAGGUAACCCCUCUUUACAAAUCAGGGGACAAGAUGGAUUGCGAUAAUUACAGACCUAUCUCAGUAACAUCAGCAGUAGCAAAAAUUUUUGAAAAGCUGGUCUCUAGGCAACUAAAUAAUUUUUUAGAAUUUCACCAGAUAGUAUCCACAAAUCAAUCUGGAUUUCGCACUCAACACUCCACAGAGACUGCACUCUUAUAUUCUGUAAAUCAAUGUCUUGUAAAUAUGGACCAGGGCCUUAUUAAUGGUCUACUGUUUCUUGAUCUCAAAAAAGCAUUUGACACUGUGGACCACAACAUACUCAUUUCAAAAUUAGAGCUUUACGGAGUACGAGGGAAAGCAUUACAAUGGUUUAUUUCAUAUCUGAGAGGGAGAAAGCAAGUUUGCAAAAUUAAUCACGAAAUAUCAGAUAGAGCUACAAUUACUUGCGGAGUCCCUCAGGGUUCAAAUCUAGGACCACUGCUUUUCUUACUUUACAUCAAUGACUUACCAAAUUGCUUAAGGUCUACAAAAGCAUCAAUGUUUGCAGAUGACACUAAUAUAUCCUGUGACGGAAAAUUAGCAACUGACAUUCAACAAAAAAUUAACUCAGACUUGAACAGUGUUCAUAAUUGGCUAUUAGCUAACAAACUAACUUUAAGUGCUGAGAAAACAGAAUAUAUGGUUGUUGGUUCGAGACAAAGGCUUAAUCAAAUAAAUUCAGAUCCUGACAUAUUAAUAGGAGAUCAUAUGAUAAAGAGAGUUUCUAACAAAAAAUUCCUAGGAGUGGUUCUUGACGAACAACUUAAUUGGCAUAACCAUAUAGAUAAUCAAUGUGCAAAAAUUUCAAAAAACAUUGCACUUUUGAGAAGAGCAAAAAGUUUUCUGACAGAAAAUGCCCUUAUUACAAUGUACAAUUCACUAGUCCUACCACAUUUCACUUACUGCUCAACAGUUUGGCACAACGGAAAUAUCACCCACAUUGACAAAUUAAGUAAAUUACAAAAAAGAGCAGCACGUGUUAUCACUAACUCAGGGUAUGAAAUAAGAUCAACAGAGAUCUUAAAUAGAUUGAAUUGGGAGCCCAUUGCAAAUAUCCUCGAACAACGUGAACAAACAAUGACAUUUAAAGCAAUUAACAAAAUGACACCAAAAUAUUUAACAGAAAUGUUUACUAUGUCCCAGAACGAUAAUUAUGCAUUGAGAAGUAACGAACGAAAACUUCACUUAUCAAAACCAAACACUAACUUCCUUAAGAAAAGUUUUUCCUACCGCGCAGCAGUGUCAUGGAAUAAACUUCCAAACGAAAUUCUCGAGGAACAUGAGCAUCUUUCAUUGAAUCAGUUCAAAAGGCUUAUUAAAAAUUGCUAAGAUAGCGAAAUUUUCCCGAAAUUUUAUCGAAUGUUUACUUGCAUUGUAAGGUCGUUUGCAUGUUAUACUUCAAUUUGAAUUAAUGUUAGUGUGUUAUACUUUAGGUUUAGAUUUAGUUUUAUAUCUUUUUAAUAGUUUUAGACCACGGCCCUUUGAAAAACAGGCAACUGAAAGGUUACCGUGGAUAAAUAUGUUUAAAUAAUAACAUAAGGUAAUUUUCUACUAUUUUUUUCGGUCGGCUAUUGGCGAUGCUUCCGCGAGGAAUAUGUCAUCUUCUGCUGACAUACUCUUUUUUUAUUAAUAUAUAUGUGAACUUCAAAAUUUCCAACGUUUCUCAAAACAACAUUUUUUUGAAUGAAAUAUUGAUCAUUUUAGCGCGUAUUUCUUGAAAUUUGAGUGUUUUCAAAUGCAAAGAAGGCGUAAUAAUAUAAACGGUAUUACGAAUAUAUAGACUGCUGUUUGUAUCAAAUUGUUUUCUUUUUUAAACUCUGCAAAGAUAAAAACUAUCGAUUUUUUCCAUGAUGUUUACAGAGAAACGUCACAGCUGCCAACCCCCCCACCCCCAAACGAACAUAUGACGUUUCUCGUGAAAAAAAUCGAUAUGUGAGGCUUCCCUAAGCAUAGAGUUUUUUUAAACAAAUCCAUCAAAAACAGCAAAGAUACACAACAAUUACUGAUGUCUCAUUAUAUAUGUAAUUGAGUCAUUGACGUCACAUGGUUACAAACAAAAGGAAAUAUCUCAAGAAUUAAGCAUGGGAACAAAAAUCUUCAAAACAAGUUACUACACAGUUUUAUUAAGAGCAUUUUAAGAAAAUAAGAAAAUAAAAAUUUUGGCGCGAGUGCCACUUAAGCAUUGCGAUUGGAUGAAAGUGCUAAUGCAUGCACUCGCAACGAGCUGCGAGGAGCUUCGUGCGAGGACUGGAAUUGCGCCCUAAGGCACCUACGCUUGGACGACGCAAUGACGGCGGCUAUAUUACCGCAUGCAAUGAAAUAAUCAUAUAUAGCAAAAGAAAUUAAUAUUUUAUAGCCUCUGUACGGGAAUUUCAAACGUUUCCAGGUUCUGUUGACAGUAGUAAAUCAAGACGUCGUUGUCGUCCUCUAUUCGUAAACUUCCUCUUUAAAACCGUUGUAAAGCAGACCAUGUAGUUUUAAGCAAACUGCGGCAUGAAGUCAUGAACGGAAAUUUUGUACAAUGACAAAAAAUAUUGGAAAGUUUCAGUGUGAACGAUGAAUACAUUUUGUACUCAUGAAUAGACCUUUCCCCUUUUAAGUGAAAUUUUGAUCUAGACAAGCUUGGACAAAAAUUUCAUCACAGCUUGAAAGAGCAUCACAAAAUUAGUACUACUCCGAAGUUUCGUUGCAAAAUAUUGUAAAAUGCGGAUAAUGUAGCCUUGCGAAGUUUGCCGUUUUUCAGUCAUUUUGUAUUACAAACGGGAAAUUGAUAAUCAGUUUGAUCAUCUGAUAUAAUAUAUUUUUUUAUUAUUUCAUUUUAAAGAACUUUUAAAAUUAUAUGUAAAUCUCUUUUACCGAUUUUGCGUAACUUUAUUAUUUCUUGAGAUAUUUGAACAGAAAAAAAUCACAAAUCAGCGAGCUUUCCGCCAUCUUGGAUUUUGGCGGAUAUGCAUGUGACAUCAUAAGCAGGGUCACGCAAGAAUUUUAUCCAUAGAGCAAUUGGUUAUUAUGAGCCCAAAAUCAUAUACUUCAGUAACUAUUUGAAAUAAAAAGCUGUCUGACGACUUUUCAAACAAGACUUAAUGUUAUUUGGUCAUUUAGAUGUAGUUUUAUAUGGCUAACCCUGCUUAUGAUGUCACUAAAAUCACCGAGAAUCAGAUAAAAAUUAAUCCAAGAUGGCGCGGACAGCAAAUUAUUUUAAGUCAAAAUAUUUCAAGAAAUAAUAAAGUUACGCAAAAUCGGUAAAGGAGAUUAACAUAUAAUUUUAAAAGUUCUUUAAAAUGAAAUAAUAAAAACAUAUAUUGCCAUAUCCCUUUAAGACUUUUUUAGGUUUUCAGUUAUAUAUUUGUAACAUUCCCUGAUAUCGUAGUUAAUAGAAUAGAUCGAUGGUUUGGAAACUCAUUAGAAUAACAAUAUUACUCACUAUCUAUGUUAGUCAACGUUUAUUCACAAAUCUGGUCGUUCACCGUCACGUGUGUAUUGUAUUUUUGCCAAAUCCACCAAUAGCAAUUUCCAAUUUACCCCAUUGUUCGAGUCACGGAUAGGUAACUUUACUAAGGCCUACUAAGACAUUGCUAUUGGUUGGUUGGGCAAAAAUAAAAUACACACGUGCAUGACGGUGAACGACCAGAUUUAUGAAUAAACGUUGACUAACAUAGAUAAUGAGUUAUAUUGUUAUUCUAUAAUGAGUUUCCAAACCAUCUAUUCUAUUAAUUAUGCUGAUAUGACGCGAAUUCUAAGCAAUGCGCUGUCGAAGACAACAAAAAAUCUAAAUAAAAAGACACUGUAUAGCCGCAGUUCUUAGUUCUGGGUGAAAAAUAUGUUAAAAAUUAAAAUCAACAGUAGUUUACCUAGUGUAACGUAAACAGAUCUAAAUUAAUGGUAUGGAAAUAAAAUGGAAAUACACUAGGUAUAAUAUUGUAUAACAAUUAAGAGUGAUCUCUAAUUUUUAAUUUUUAAAAGGAAACAUCAGUUCAAGAAUUAUUGUUCAAGGCGGUGCGUAUAGAUCCAUGCCAUUUGGUAAGAAAGAAGACUAUAAGAGAGCAACAAAGGAAUCUGCUAGGAAAGGAUAUGACAUAUUGAUGGUAAGUGUUCGUUAAAUAAUGAAUGUGAUUUACCUUUUACCUUUUAAAGACUUAUGUAAUACUACGAGUAUAAUUCUUUUACUACGAGUAACUCUUUCAAUUCAACUCUCGAAAACUCGAUAUUAAUUAAUCAACUGAGCGCCAGCGCUCUUUCCUGGAGUAAAAUCUGGCGUUAAGGAGUAAAGUCUGGCGUAAAGCCUGGAGUAAAGUCUGGCGUUAGGCAGAGUAAAAAUGCAACUUAAUGGGUUAAACCUAUUCCUUAACAGAACCACGGCACGGCAGUUGAAGCUGUAGAAGCAGCAGUACGUGUUUUGGAGGACAAUGGAUAUUUUAAUGCAGGAUAUGGGUCGUUAUUGAACAAUGAGGGUGAAGUGGAAUGCGAUGCAAUGAUUAUGGAAGGACACACGUUAAAUUGUGGUACAAUGGACCAUUUGCACUACAGACUAGAUUUUGAUCUAAACAAGUCCAGACAAAAGUUCAUCAUAGCUUGAAAGAGCAUCACAAAAUUAGUAAUAUUCCAAAGUUUCGUUGCGAAAUGUUGUAAAAUGCGGAUAAUAUAGCCUUGCGAAGUUUGCAAUUUUCAGUCAUUUUAGAUUGCAAACGGGAAAUUGACAGCCCAAU